ACGAACAACCAACGAACUUGACGAGCGCAUUUGCUGUCUCUUGGAGGGGCGUACACAUCGCUCGAGUCGCACGUGACCAAUGUUUACAUUCGGAUAUUCUGCACGAUGAACGACGUUUUGGACAACCAAAAUGACUCUAACUCUGCUCAAGAAACUCAAAGGCCCUCGGUCCGAGCCACGCGCACAUAUCGUCAGUCCGUCCCCGCUGCUAGUGUCGUACUGUUUCAUCCACGAGUCAAACCUGAAAGUCGUCGACCUGAAAACGGACCGUGUCAUUUCGUCCUUACGCGACGUUCAGGAUUGUAUCUGGAGGGAUGGUCUCGCCGACGCCGACGAACUUGCGGUCGUCUCGAGCGGACAUGAAGUUUCCCUGGUGCGAUACAACGGGCACGGCUGUACUUACAAGCAGAGAUCUCUGCGUUGGAACUCCGUCCAAAGACUGGCGAAGGUCGAGUGGGUGCUCUGCCACGGCGACAACUUCGUCUUCCUGAUCAACCGGUCUCUCUUGCUGUGCACUCUUUUGAUCGGAGAUGCCCUCGAGACGGUGUGGCACUCAGACUUGGGUUGCGAGGUGGUGCGGGUGAGGGUGAUAGACUCCGAGGUGUACGUGCUCACGUCGCAAGCAAGCAUUGUAGGGUACAGCCUCCAAACUGGGUUGCGUUCCUCUCUUCUGGAACUACAGGCCUGCCCCUUUGAUGGCAGCCAGGUCACAGACUUUGUCCUGUGCCCCGAGCAAGGUGCCCUCGCAGUUUGCGUCGGGCACGCGAGACUUUACUCAGUCGUGGCGGAGAAGCCCGCCUUCGGCGAGAGCUGGCGCAUCGCGCCGACCCCUAAAGACGGGGUGAGGGUCACCGCGUUUGUGAAGAAAAAAACGCUCGACGAUGAAGUGUGUGCCACCCGGAAUUGGAAGCUGCUUUUGGACGUGUCCGACGAAGCGGCGAACAGUCACGUCAUGUGGAUGGGCGAAGACCGAAGGAUUGUGUUUUGCUACGGCGCAGGAGGACUGCAGAGGGUCGUGGCUUUCGAGAUGGGUGCAGGUGGCGCGUUCUCGCCCAUUGUCGAGCAGGCGGAUCUUUCGAGCCACGGGAACUUUGUGUUAAUGCACGACACGAGGAGUACCCUGCAGUGCGCCCCGGCAUUCCUGUUUGCCUACAACACCGCCACCCUCACCUUUGGCGCCGCCAGCCGUCGACUGUUGGCUGAGGUCAUGGAGCAGACUGGGCGACGUGCUGCGGAGACGCUGUCGCAGCUCAACCGGUGGCAGGCGAUGGCCAUGGACUUGUCCGUUCUGCUUCGGGGAGUCCGACACCGGCAGCUCGACAUGCUGGCUUUUUUUCUCAAGGCCAAGGAGGAUGCCAUGGAGCUCCAGCUGACGAGAAGUCGGCCCAAGGACACCGGAGAUGCGCAGCAGCUCGAGUUGCUCGCCUCGGAAGUGAACGCCUGGGACAGCGUCCUGACCGAACUGGGCCGGGCAGUCGUGGAAGCCCUGGGUGAUCUCUCGUCCAAACACUUCUCACAGCAGCUGCUUCAGCUUGUCCUGUCGAGUGUUGUUCGUCUUCUGGCAAUGGCAUUGCCUCGAGAGUUGAACGACACUUGGCCCGAGAGAGUUCAGCUUCGAAAGCGGAUGUCUGUCAUACUGGCAGGCCAUCUGGGGAAGCUCCGAAGCCAGAUCCAUCACGGAUCGGUUUUGGCAGCUGCCGUUCCGGAGUUGAAGGAUGCAGCACAGGCUAAUGCUUCUGAAUGGGACAAGCUCACCGAGAAAGAGCUCAUGCUGCGGUGCGUGCACCAAGGAAACAUUCCGGAGGGCCAGUACCACCUGCUGCGUCGCAGGGCGGGCUCUGUCGAGCCCCUGCUGAGCACCUUUCAGGAGGUUGCUCUGAGGGAGGCAUUGCGCCGGCUCCGUGAGGAUGACUUUCCCGAGGCAGAACGGCUCUUGACAAACGUGGGGUUCUUUGCCAGAGUUAAGAUGCGGGAGCUGCUCCUCCUGUCGCGCGACCGGCGCAUUCGGCGGGUGCUGAGACGGGAGCUGGUGAGGAUGGCGGUCCUGACCGAGGCGGACUCCAGUCUUCUCGACAAAGUGGCGGCCAUCGAAGAGUGUUUUCCCCAGGAAGAUGUGGGACAGGCAUCCUGGUUGGCCUCGCAGAAGCGAGCGCAGCUUAGGUUGGUCACUCCACAGGCUUCUGAGCUUGUUGUGGCGGUAUUGAAACCGGCGGAGUUGCCACCAAGGCAGGCACCGAAGGCAGGUGGCGACACUUGGCUCCUGGACGAGUCGCCCUAUUUCCGAGUGGCGCCUGCCUGGCUUCAUUACUGGGACGCCGACACCUUGGACAGAGUUUUGGCCGAGGGGCGUGCCGGCUCGCCUCUCCUGGAUAUGCAAGAGCUUGGAGGCGACAAUUGGCGUCUACUUCUGGAGCACGGCCAUCUGGAGCGUGCCCUGUCGGGUCCACUUCCCAGCGAAGCUCUUGAGGCGUCCUCCUGCAUGUCGCACGUGCAUCGUCUGCUGUUGGCUGCGCUGGCAAGGGGUGGCCAGAUACACGAGGACGUUCUGGAGGACUUUGGGGACCUUUUGGGUCUCAUGGGGGAGUCUGGCCUGAAGCCCUCACAGCUGGCCAGGGUCUGCCACGGCCCCGUGACCCCCGAGGACUUUGUGCACCGCAUGGUGCACUACUGCCUCCGGGAAAGGCUGCACCACUUCCUGUACCUGUUUCUCACGGACCUCAGGCCGGAGCUUCCUCCACUGUGCCCCCAGUGCAACGGCUGCUUUGUCCAGGCACUUCGGGAUCACUGGCAGUGGCUGGACGACCCACAAGAUGUUGCGAAGGCAGAGCGUGCCAUUGUAUCCUUGGCUCGAAGCCUGCCAGCAAAGGGCAGCGCAGUGCCGAGGAUAUUGGAGCCGGCUGUUGUGGGUGCUGACCUCCAGGACAUCUCUCUGUACCAGCUGCUGCAGAAAGGAACCCCCUUUGAGAUAGCGGGCCUGUUUGCCUGGCAGACCACCAACGCCUGUCAGGUGGACUCUGGCGGGUCGCUGAUGCCCCACUUCUCCCUGCCGUCCCUGCGCGACAAGUUUGGGCUGCGGGAGGAGCUCAGCUUCCCCUACUACCUCCACAAGGGGCGCCCCUGUGCGGCUGCCUUCAAGUUCCUCGCGCAGGAGCUCCUUCUGCACGGAUCUCUCUCCACCAAAAGGAUACGCUCAGCCUGUCAUCGAGCUUUGCGGCUGGCGGAACAACGCCCCCACGACGCCCGCGCCGUUGCUGCGAGUGUCGCUUUUGCAGAGAUUCUGGGCAUGGAUACUCGCAGCUUCCGAGUCACACUCCGGACAACUCGGCUGGCUUUGACGUCUUCUCCUGGCUGCCAAAGUCGACUCAGCGACAUCCUGAGAGUGCUUCGUCGAAGCAAGGACGCCAUGCAGGAAGUCCUGCUGCAGGCAACUCUUGCUUUAGAAGAACAGCUGACGGGUGCUGCGUCCUUCUCACCGAUGGACGAGAAGUGCAGCAGCGGAAUCUUGCUGCUUUUACGGUUUGCAACUGAGCACGGGUUUGAGGUGCCCGACGUUGCGCUGCGAUUGUGCGCAGCUGCGAACGACUGGCUCGGCUUUCUGCUCUGGGCACAGCUCCUUCAGUGCCCCAGGACACAGGUGCUGGAUCUAGUGCAGCUCUUCCAAGAUGGCUGCCUCCGUGAGCACUUGAGCAAGGCGCUUUCAGUAGUGAGCUCCCUGCAGCCGAGCAAGCAUCACCGCCGGGACCUCCGGGCAUCUCUUUAUGCACGCAUUGGACUUCAGGAUCCCUCCACUAGGGGGCACGACCCUUCAGAAUCGGCGGCUGAACAAGAUGCUGUGUCAGUGUGCAGCAGUGAAGGGAUCGACGGUGCUGCUGCCCUUAACACCGAACCGCACUACUCGACGGACCUCGUUGAGCUGAUGCUGCAGUGCCAUUGCAGCGGUGGAACUAUGCCUGGGUCUUCGGGUAUGGCCUGGCAGAGCCUGCUGCGUGCUGCAGUGGUCCUGAAGCACCAGACACCCUGCGUCAUUGCCGGCUGCUGCCCCGAUGCCCCCCUGGGGAGCUGCUUGGCAUUGUGGCUCAAACUUUGUUCUGGCGGAGAGGAAGCGGAGAUGCCCGAAGACGGCCGCCUCGAAUUCACCUUGGCGGAGUUGCAGCAGACGAUGGAGGCGGUGGUCAAGAGGGGCCGACUGCGGACUCUUCUCCUGGGACUCCAGCUCUUCCAGCCUAGAAGCCCUCUAGUCACACUCGUCGAGUUCCUGGUCGCAUUCUUUCUGGAGCGGAACCGAAAACGAGCCGAGGAGUGCCUUGAGCGCCUCAAGCGCAAGUUCACCAAGAUGGAAGCCGCUUCAACACCAGGGGUCGGCCUGACCUCUCUGCCUUGGCUACGUGAGACCUCCCAGCGUCUGUUGGGACGCGCUUUUGGCCUGUGCCGUUCCCACCUCGACCUGGCAGCCCUUGCGGCCUUCUGCGACGAGCUUCACGGGGGCGAUAAGAUGCCGCACCUCCACAAACUCCUCGCAUCUCUGAGUCCGGCGUCCCUGCUUCAUGAGUUUGACUGGAGCUCGUUGUGGGGCCAACCGGGUGAAAAGGCAGCCACCCUGGCACGACUGGUGUCGCAGCUCAACCAGACGGGCCGUUUCAAGGAGGCGCUGGCGCUGGCUAGGGCGGCGGGACUGCCACUAGCGGACGUGGCGCUCCAGCAGCUGGAACUGAGGUUCGAAGAUCGGUCUGCCACUGCUAAUGACACAUUCUGGGAGGAUUGCGACCAAGUGCUUCAAGAGAACUUCGUGGAUCCUGCACUCGCCUUCGACUUUCUCAAGGGAAAAACGCUGCAAGUGGAAGGUGCGCGGGAACUGUACGAGGUGGGGCACCGUGCGCUGCAGUGGCUGCGCCGCAGCGCUGCCUGGGGCUCGCCCGAGGCCCAGCGCUGGGAGGCGCGGGUGUGGCUAUGGUGUGUGCGCAGCGGGGCGGAGCCAACCCUCGAAGCGAACCCCAAGCCAGAUCCCCUGGUUGCACAGCCCCCUCCCAGCCCGGGAGCCUGCGUCACCCUGGACGACUCGCAGCAAGUGGCGGCGACGGAAAAGUUAAUUGACGAGCUGCUGUCUCGGGGCCACUUCUGCAAGGCUUGCCAGCUGGCUUUCCUGUUCGGCUGCUCCACAAGCGACCUGGAACUCUUGCUGACAUGCAUCCGUCUAGCACAAGGAACGCAGUCGUUCGACAACCUUGAUCCACGAAUCCAACUUCGGAUCAGCGAACCAGCACCAGUUCUGGCCCACAGGCUUUCAGUGGUUGCAUCUAUGUCUGCUGUGGACUUGAAGUCCUUGGAAGGUGGCGAGGACUCACCGGAGAGAAAGACACUCCAACUCCUGGAGCGCAUCACCAGAGCAGCGAAGAAGAGCCAGCAGCUGUGUCAGCGUGUGCUGCUCACCUUCACCCUUUCACUGAACCUGGGGUGCAGCUACUCGGUCCUGGCCCUGGAGUCGGACCCCGUGGCCCUUUUGGGCAACCUGGUGGGCCAUAGCCUGGCCAAGAUGGAGGCCCAGAAGCGGGCGUCUGGCCAGAGGGACGGCGCCCGCCAGUGCUGCUCUGCGGACUUUGCCCUGGCCAAGAAACUGGUGGCCGUCUUCGGGAUCCCGGACGACCGGGUGGCAAACUUUCUCUUCCACAUGGCCAUGGACGCUAUCCGAGGAAACGCAGUUGCAAGUAAAGCGGGCAUCUUGGAGGUGUGGGACUUGGCCUUGGAGCUCUGCCCCGACCCUUCGCUACUGGGGAACCUUUUGCUCAGGGCUAGGGUUCACGACCUGCGCGCUCUGAGCAGCAACCCCAAAGCGCUGUCUGUGGAGGUGGAGCUGUGCGUGCGCGCCCACAGCUGCUUCCUGGAGGCGUGCAGCAUGGAGGGCAUCUCGCGGGUGCUCCACCGCUGCCACCGUCUCACGCCCUGCUUGGUUGCGGGGCGGCACUUCUCGCUGCUCGUGUCUUUGCUCACUGGCAUGGCGCGCUACAGCGAGAUGGCCUACGUCUUUGACCUGCUCCUGCAGAACCACCACUUUGAGCUGCUCUUCCAGCGGGGCAUGGACAAGGUGCCUUACCUGCGGGUGGCGCUUCUAGACUACCUGAAACACCGCGCCAGCACCGACCCAGAUCUCUACUCGAUGCUCACCCUCAACUUCAACAUGCAUCGCGAGAUUGCCGAGAGCCUCGAACUGACCGCACUGACCAAGAUGAAGAAGCUCGUCACGGACGGACCAAUGGCAUGGAGUCCCCAAGAGCAGCGGGCACUGGAAACGGUGCUUCAAGACCUGGCAGACGCAGCAGAGAGCUACGUCAAGGCGGAGUGCUUGCUGCGGGCGCAGUCGUGCGGCAGGAAGGCACAGCUGGUUGCCCUGCAGCUACGCUACUUCGCGUCACAGCUGGUGCUCAUCAACCUGGAGCCGUCAGCCGCCAUGACGCAGGUGGCACGUCACCCAAACUUCUUUGAGGCACACAUAGUGGCGGAGGCGUACGGCCUGCAGGGCUGGCACAGUGCGGCCCUCUUCAGCAGGGUGCUCCUGGACGGCGACUGGGGCUACCUGGCCGACUUCUGUUCCGUCUGCGAGCUCACCUCUCAGCACGCACACGAGCUUGCACUCAGGUACCAGAACGAAGCGGCCGGAAACGCAAAAUGUCGGGAUGCGCUUGAGAAGCUCCUGGAACGUCUCCCGUGCGUGCUGUCUCGUCUGCAGCUGGCCCAGAAACUAGGCUUUGCACGCCUAGCGUCGCAGACUCUCGAGGCACACCCUUACCUGCGAGACUACCUCGACCAGCGGACGUGACGACCGGGCUUGUGAAAGCCUUCAAGCAGUGCAGGGGGCCAUCAAUACCACCAGGGUUAAAAGCUCGAGUUGUGUUUGCUGCAUUCCCAGAGUUUGAAAUAUAUAUAACAUGUUCCAGAAACCCA